UACGUUUUUAAAAAUUUCACACCGAUGCUGGAGCACACCUGUGCCUACAUGGUAUCUUACAUUGGUAGCAACACAGAUGUUUUACCCCAAAUAAUUGUUUAUUAAGUAAGAAUGCACAGGAAGGAUGUCUAAAUGAGUGGGUUAAUUUUUAACCAUUCCAAUCAUUCAUCUCACAGCACCACAGUAAGUGGUACAAACCGCAAAGCAUUUAAGCAAAACACACAAUCCAGAUGGAUUUUUCAAAGAUCGGUCCAGAAACUGUAGGCUCAACAGGGCCUGGGAAUCCUGAGUCUCGGAAUGCCAGAGCAGCAAGGAGGGGCAGCCAGAGGUUGGAGGCUGGUUCCAUUUUCCUCUCUUCAUCUCAUCUUGAAUUGUGGCACACACGGAUUAUAGCAAGCUGGAGUUAUCUGUCCCAGGCGGUCCACGUGGUCCCCACCAGCUUCUUUAGCGAGAGCCUCCAGACCGCCUGGAUCUCUGAAGAGCCCGGCUGCUCUUCUCCAGCAACACAAACAUUUACAUGCAUUGUUUACUUAUGUAUCGGCACAGCCAAGCAUUUAGCCACCUAUUCAAUCUUUCAGGCUAUUUACUCUCGCAUGAACUCAUCCAGGGAGAGAUUGUGUGAGAGAUCUACCCACUGCAGCUCCCACCAGCGCCUCGCUUUGUCUCGCUCCUCGGGGUUACCAUUACAAGGGUAAUGAUUGCGCGGCGGGCACCUGCCGGGGGUCGGGGAGCUUCCAAAGUACACGAGUUUCACGAGAGCUCGGAGCUGGUAGGGUCUACUUUAUGAGGAUGUCUGGCUUCCCACUUUGUCCCUUCCGAUGAGCGGAUGGGUAACAGGAUGACGCUCUGCCCUGCCAAGACGGAGUAGAUACUUGGGUGUGGUCUCUCCAGGAUGAGUUCCAGUUGGUAUAGUCCAGCCCCAGCGCUAAGCUCCAUUCUGAACCGCGAGUGGAUGAUGCUGUUGCAGCCGAGCUGCUGAACAUUCUCCGUGGACUCUUCCCUGCCACACCUUGCCCAUCAGCCGAGAUAAAAUGGAAGACUCCUACAAGGAUAGGACUUCACUGAUGAAGGGUGCCAAGGACAUUGCCAAAGAGGUGAAGAAGCAGACGGUGAAGAAGGUGAACCAGGCAGUGGAUCGGGCCCAGGAUGAAUAUACCCAGCGGUCCUACAGUCGGUUCCAGGAUGAAGAGGACGAUGAUGACUACUACCCACCUGGCGAAACCUACAGUGGGGAGGUCAAUGAUGAUGAAGGCUCAAGUGAGGCCACUGAGGGUCACGACGAGGAGGAUGAGAUCUAUGAAGGGGAGUACCAGGGCAUCCCCAGCACGAACCAGGGGAAAGACAGCAUCGUGUCUGUAGGACAGCCCAAAGGUGAUGAGUACAAGGACCGCAGAGAGCUAGAGUCAGAGAGGAGGGCUGAUGAGGAAGAGCUCGCCCAGCAGUAUGAGCUGAUAAUCCAAGAGUGUGGCCACGGCCGUUUCCAGUGGGCCCUUUUCUUCGUCCUGGGCAUGGCUCUCAUGGCCGAUGGCGUGGAGGUGUUUGUGGUGGGCUUCGUGCUACCCAGUGCAGAGACAGACCUAUGCAUACCAAAUUCGGGAUCUGGAUGGCUAGGUAGCAUAGUGUACCUCGGGAUGAUGGUGGGGGCGUUCUUCUGGGGAGGACUGGCAGACAAAGUAGGAAGGAAGCAGUCUCUUCUGAUUUGCAUGUCUGUCAACGGAUUCUUUGCCUUCCUCUCCUCAUUUGUCCAAGGUUACGGCUUCUUUCUCGUCUGUCGGUUGCUUUCUGGAUUCGGGAUUGGAGGCGCCAUUCCCACUGUGUUCUCCUACUUCGCUGAAGUCCUGGCCCGGGAGAAGCGGGGUGAGCACCUCAGUUGGCUCUGCAUGUUCUGGAUGAUUGGCGGCAUCUACGCCUCCGCCAUGGCCUGGGCCAUCAUUCCCCACUACGGGUGGAGCUUCAGCAUGGGUUCAGCCUACCAGUUCCACAGCUGGCGCGUCUUCGUCAUCGUCUGUGCGCUCCCGUGCGUCUCCUCUGUGGUGGCUCUCACCUUCAUGCCAGAAAGCCCUCGGUUCUUGCUGGAGGUGGGAAAACAUGAUGAAGCCUGGAUGAUUCUGAAGUUAAUUCAUGACACCAACAUGAGAGCCCGGGGCCAGCCAGAGAAGGUCUUCACGGUAAAUAAAAUCAAGACUCCCAAACAAAUAGAUGAGCUGAUCGAAAUUGAGAGCGACACGGGAACCUGGUACAGGAGGUGUUUCGUUCGGAUCCGCACCGAACUGUACGGAAUUUGGCUGACAUUCAUGAGAUGCUUCAACUACCCAGUCAGGGAAAACACCAUCAAGCUUACGAUUGUCUGGUUCACCCUGUCCUUCGGGUACUAUGGGUUGUCCGUUUGGUUCCCUGAUGUCAUUAAACAUCUCCAGUCUGAUGAGUAUGCACUGCUAACUAGGAAUGUGCAAAAGGAUAAAUAUGCAAACUUCAGCAUUAACUUUACCAUGGAGAACCAGAUCCACACUGGAAUGGAAUACGAGAACGGCAGAUUCCUCGGAGUCAAGUUCAAAUCGGUAACCUUCAAAGAUUCAGUGUUUAAGUCCUGCACCUUUGACGACGUGACCUCAGUCAACACCUACUUCAAGAACUGCACGUUUAUUGAUACCCUUUUUGAUAACACAGAUUUUGAGCCCUAUAAAUUCAUAGACAGUGAAUUUCAGAACUGCUCAUUUCUUCACAAUAAGACGGGGUGCCAGAUUACUUUUGAUGACGACUAUAGUGCCUACUGGAUUUACUUUGUCAACUUUCUUGGGACAUUGGCAGUGUUGCCAGGAAAUAUCGUGUCUGCUCUCCUGAUGGACAGGAUCGGGCGUUUAACGAUGCUAGGAGGCUCCAUGGUGCUCUCCGGGAUCAGUUGCUUCUUCCUGUGGUUUGGCACCAGCGAAUCCAUGAUGAUAGGCAUGCUGUGCUUGUAUAAUGGGCUGACCAUCUCAGCGUGGAAUUCUCUCGAUGUCGUCACGGUGGAACUGUAUCCCACAGACCGGAGAGCAACGGGCUUCGGCUUCUUGAACGCCCUCUGUAAAGCGGCGGCCGUCCUGGGAAACUUAAUCUUCGGCUCCUUGGUCAGCAUCACCAAAGCCAUCCCCAUCCUGCUGGCUUCCACUGUGCUCGUGUGUGGAGGACUCGUGGGGCUGCGCCUGCCCGACACACGAACCCAGGUUCUGAUGUGACGUGACAAAAGCCAUUCCCUUCCUCCCACCGUGGGUCGGUCGUAUUGCCUGACUCAAAGCUUCAGAGUUUUAAUGUAUAGAAAGGUGGCCAAGUAUCAGAACACAAACUUUUGCUGUGAUGUAACGUGUAGCUGCGUAUUGUCUUACCCCGCCAGUGUGAUUUGCAGGGUUUCCCGCCCCCCCUCCCCCCGUGCACUGUUAGCUUUUCCUAACUGUGAUGUUCCUGCUUCUCAGUGCCCAGUGGAAGUGUUCCUAAAAUGUCUCAGUUGACCAGGCUUCCCCAAGGACUACAUUCACCAAGAAUCUAAAAAGUCUGUGCUGGUGUAAGAAAUAGACCCUGCUGGCGACGCUCUACUAACAGGAAGUUUAAAUUGGCAUAAUUUUGUGCUGAGGAAAGGGAUUUCUUUUUCUUCUUUUUUCUUUCUCUCUUUCUUUCUCUCUCUUUCUUUCUUUCUUUCUUUCUUUCUUUCUUUCUUUCUUUCUUUCUUUCUUUCUUUCUUUCUUUCUUUCUUUCUUUCUUUCUUUCUUUCUUUCUUUCUUUCUUUUUCUCAUACCGAGUGAUACUUCCUGUUUUCUUAGAAAAAAGACAGCCUGCCAGCCACUCUAGCUGUUACAGCAGGGGGUUUCAAGACAAUUGUGUGACACCAAGCACUUCUGGGCGGGGCUCUUUUGGGCAGGAUGAUUAGGGUGGUUUUGUUAACAAGAAAAGUUUAAAGUCUAUCCCCACUUGGCAACGAAACCCUACCUGAGCAGCACAAGGCAGAUUUUUAGAUAGAAAUUGGAAUUCACAACCAAAGCCAUUUGGGAAACACAGACGGGAGCCUCUCUUGUACGGUCCCUUGCGGGUCAACACCACCCACCCUCCUUUGAUCAACUGUCCACUGUUACAUUUUUAGCCCAAAUCUCCACAUCAGGUCAUGUCCCUCCAGUGUCCCCAGGCUGUGGGCUCCUAGCCUUGUCUCUGGACAGUUUUUGAGCCUGCCUGCUCUCCCCAGCAACCCUCCGGCAGGCAGGACAGCAUUUCCUGGUGGGUGAAUAUCUGUUUUACCUCUGGAAUCUUCCUGAGCAUGGAAGGAGGGAGGGGUCAGCAGGACGUUCCCACGGGCCAGCUGUCAGCUAAAGGACCUUCGAGUCUCUUGCCCGGUGCCCCUCCCCCAGGCCCAUCCUUUUACGCGUCUUUGAAAUCUGAAGCCUCCUUGUAGAUUUGCAGCCUGUGAUAGCAACCAUCGUAAGGCCUGUGUUUAAACAGCAUUCUUUGUUUAACUGCCUCUGUCUUGUUGGAGGGGGAAUCCUCUUUGCUUAUUUUACGCUUUUCUUGCAUGACCACAGCCCCGGGCCUUCCAGAAAAAAGGAAACUUCUGUUCCCAAGAAUCUGUUCAGAGAUGGCCCUGCUCCCUGGAGUCCCCUCUGCCUUGCCUCCCUUCCCCUCACAUGUUCCCUGAUCCCUCCUGGAGCUGAAAUUCUGUGAAAAGCUCUUUGAUUAACAUAAACCAUUAAUCCACUGCCCCCAUUAAGUAAUGCAGGCGUGGUGGAGGGGGCAGCCUUGAGUUAAGAUGGGAAGCUGCAGAGAGAAAGUGGUUCCCUGCAGAUAACCUGAGUACUCAGAGCCUGGACAUCCAGGCUAUGAGAGCCAGAGCUGCAGAGCUGACCAGGGAAUCUUCGAAGCAUCAUUGAUUGAUUUGAAAGACACCAAUGAGGCAGGGCCAGAACAGAACUCGCUUCUGUUUCUCAUCCCUGGGAAACAAAUCUGUGUUUCAAAAACCUAAGGAGUAUCUAUUUUUUUUUCCAUGCAGGCUCAUUUCUCUCUCCUAUUUGCACCAUGGUUGUUUUCUUUUUGAAAAAAACAUGUUUGAGGCCCAGAGCAGACCUUUUGGUUGAAUGUGGCAUGCAACAAAAUUGCUGCAAAAGUAAGAUAUGAAUCCCUAUCUUCCCAUUCAAAACAAACAAACAAACAAACAAACAAGCAAACAAACCAUACAAAUCAAAGGCAUUGCUUUCUCUACUCUGGCCUGCUGUGGUAGUGAUCUUACUGGAUAGUCUUUACUCUCAAAUUGUCUCUGCUCCCUGAUUUAGCUACAAGUACAUUCCAAACUGCAAGACACAGUCAUUCAGAAUUUUAUCUGGACACUGGGUUGGGCCAGCAUGGGAUGACCCAACAGAACCCUUCUUUAUAAGACCAUCUGUCCCCUUCAGAAAAACCAUUUCUGUCAACUACCCCAAGCUUCCCAGGUGGCCCAAGAGGGAUCUCUUCUAUAACCUCCUGGACAAUCAGUGGUCACAAGCCUUCUUGGUUGCCGUCUUGCCCACUCCCCACACAUUUCCCUCAGCCUCUUCACUGUGUGUAACCUUUCCUUUCCACGACAGGGUUCUUGUUGCUUCUCAAAUACAUGCUGUGGCUUGUUCAGGUAUAAUUAGAGGUUAAGAUCCAACCAUGAGAUUCGACAGAAGCCCCAGUUAUGAGUGUCAUGGGCCUUGACACCAGGGUAGACAUCUGCUAUCCCGUGUCAUUCACAUACAGGACAAGGAAAUUGAAAGCUGUUUCAGAAGUGACACAGCUCCAUCUGUACCUGCAUUUUGAACUCCUUUUCUAACUAAAAUCCCCACCGUUACUCUUCAGAAUCAGCCCAGGACGCUCCCACGUUUUAUUAUCUCUGACUCCUCUCAAUGGGAAAGAAAUUAAAACAAAUAGUAGCACCAGCUAACCAGCUGCUCUGAGCUGUGGCUUCCGUGAGACGCUCUGCCCUAUGUAUUGGGUCGUAAGCCUCACAUUCAGUCCUACUUCCCGACUCAUCUCAUACUAGUACUCGCCCAUGACCCAAGAGCAAUGGGUCCUUAAGCAGGCAGAGAUCUUUCUAAGGAGAAGGACUUGAUCUCAGCCAAAAGGCCAAGAAUCGAGUCACUGGGCAUACUGGUCCUCAGUUUCUCCAUCUAUAGAGAAAAAGAAUGGUUCUAUUUUAUUCUCCAAGAGAAUAAGCAAGUCUCUAAGGAGGGUGGGAGUUGGCUUGGGAAGACUCAUACAAUAGGUUAGAGCACUUGUCCUGUUGCCUAUGCCCACCCCCUGGUUUUAAGUGCUUCUCAGUUCAGAGCCAUUGUUAUCUACCCAGGGAAUGUACCGCCCCAGAAGACACACUGCAGUUAAAAGACAGACACUUGGAAGUAGACCACACAUGGCUGUAUCCUAGAGUCCCCUAUCCAUCUACUUCACUAUUUUCUCGAAAUGCUGCCUUAAAUGGAUCUAGUGCUUCUCAAUGGUUACACAUAAAUUGGUAGAUGGGCCCUCAUCUGCAAAUCUCAUCCAAUCAGAGCUCAAGUUUGCACCAAAAGUUCACUCAAUUUCAGAAUAUCUUAAGAGAUCAAUGGGGAGGAAGGGGUGUGACAACCAAGGGGGAGUCCAGUGUUCCAUUGAUAACGUUCCAGCAAUGAGAUUAGCAUACCUGGGAGACAUUCUAAACUCUAGGAUUGUUUCCAGAGCAUUCCGUGGGAACACUCUCUGCCAACCACAAUAGAAUAUGAUAUUCUCCAAUUUGUGUCUACCUUCUAUCAAAAAGGCUUUUCCCUAGUUCUUCCUCAGGAUGCCUUACGUGUUCAUGUACAAAAGGCUCUGAAACCAGGAUGCCUAGAUUUGACCUUCACCUGGAACUGUAGACAAUUACCAUAUUGUUUGGGGCCUAGUGGCUCUAUAUCAGGUUUCCCUUAAAUCCCAUAUUGUGCCAAACAUAGUUACCAACUACUCCUACCCCUCACCCCCUCACCCCCAAAAUAGGCAUGCUGAGACAACAAACACACAUCUACACAGUGGAGUGCCCUGAAGUAACCGAUGUGUUUCUUCACGUUUGCAUUCUGCUGAGCGAAGUGUCUAUUUUAGGUGAAAUUUCUCUUGUCAUCUGACCAAAGGAAGUUGUCAGGAUCUCUUAGCCAUAGUGCAUGCCCUUUCCCUGUUUCAGGAAGCUGGCAGCUCUCCACGUCCUGUUCUGUCGCUUUCACUCUUGACUGUCCCAUUCCCCUGUCAACAGUCUCUCACCAACCACACACAAACCAUCGAUCGAUCGCCAGGGCUUCCCUAUACUUUUCUCAACACCCAGAUGCAGUUUAAUAAGCCCAGCAUUUCGAGCCACGGGGUACACAGUCUGUGUGUCUGUUAGCUCACUGAUUAAACCGGUGGAGCUGGGUAGAGGAGAGAGUUGGGUAGAGUACAUCUGUUCUUCUUUCACAUGCUUUUUGGGUUAAUAUCAUCUAAGGCUUGGCCUCCAGUGUGCUAGGUGUUGAGACUCUGGGCUGUAUACAGAUAUUUAACCCUUUGUAGUGUUUCUUUGAGAACACAGAGCAGGGAGUCACAGACAAGACAGUCGUAUAUCUUGUAUUAGGUCUCUAUCAAUGUCUUAUUUUUCCAAGUGUUAAGCAAGUUAUAAUCUACAACAAACAGGUAGUACAAGAACUAUGCAUGACUGGGGGUUACCUGAAAGAGAAUGAACUGCUUCUAGGGUGUAUUAAACAGUACUUGAAAACACACACACACACACACACACACACACACACACACACACACACAUACAUUCAUGUCUAUGUUUCUUUAAAUGGUCUCAACAGGAAAUUGCACUAAGAUAUUGAUCAAAGAAGAGACAGCAGCAAAGAGAGCAGGUGCCUCUCUGGAGAAGUUUGUUUCUCCAGAGCUGUUCUUUAUGGGGAGCUAGGCAGUAAGUGUGUCCUCUCUGGGCAUGCUAGAAGCUCUCUUUUCAGGGCCUCAGCAUGCCAGAGACCAGCCUCUAAGCCAACCCUCCUGGGGGUGUUUCCUUUCUGAUGGUAGAGAUUUGUGACCCCGUCACACUGUCUUGCAGACUUUUUCCUUCUCUUGCCUCUGCGAUAAGUCACCCAGAAAACAGGUUCUGACACCAGGAGGCCAGGGAGUUUACAGGUUCUAGUUUGAAAUGGGCUGCAGGGUUGUUGCCAAGUGUUUUGAAGCUGCAAAGGAUCUUUGGGGUUCUGGAUCCUCCAAGGAAGCAAGACACAGAGAGAGGGUAUAUAGUCUCUGGCACUCCUUGUCUGUGUAAAUACCUACACAGAACUGAAGGCCAGGUGCUUAAACUACAACCAUUGCCCAUCCUUGGCCUGUCCUACCAUAUUUGCAUGGCCCCUAGAGCUAAGAAAAUCGAGAACUAAGAAGAGACAACAGCUUUCAGGCUUUGGUUCAAACUCAGAGAAGCUUUUACACCAAGCCAAAUACCUUCCCUGACACCAAGGAGAUCCUGUCCCUGAGCAGCGCCCUGGUGCUCUGAGGACUGACCAUCCAGACCAGAAGGGAUGGUGUCAUCUAAAGCCAGCCAUGGCUGGGAACAGGCUCAACCACAAUCUUAGAGCCAGUGGCUUACGUUUCAGAAAUUUUUGAAAGGCAGUCAAGAAAUGUAGCCGUCAUUGCAAUUAAAUCAGCUAUAUUUUAAAGCAAUAUGUAUUCAAAACUCAUCACUUCCUACUUAUUUUCUACAUUUUUUUAUUAGUCAUGCCCUUGAGGAAAGUAUGAUAUGCCUAUUACAUCUCUAUUUUGGAAGUACUGUAAUAAUGGUGUCCCAAUGACAGGGUCAGUGACAUUAUGCUGAGCUCAUCCACAGCUGUAACAAUUACAGCAUGGAAAGUGACAAAUACUCCAGGUCAGACUCCUCCUACCCCUAUAGCACCCCAGGUAUUGGUAAACAUUCGCCAAUGUACCACUCUCUGAAGCCAUGAAGACUGUCUAACUUCCCAUAACUCAGCAGUAGCAUGCUUCCGUAGCAUACACAGGGUCCUGGGUUUGUUGGGGAAGGAGGUGGGGCCUCCCAACGUACUGAUCCAGGCCAGGUGGAGUUGAAUGUCCCCUUGGGCUUGUGAGUCAGCAUGACAUUACUCAUAAGUCCAUGGGAAGGAAAGAUUUAGCAUGCGCUCAUGUCAAUACUCAAAGGCUUCUCUCCACAUUCCUAAUUGGUUCAGACUAAGACCAGCCAUCCAGAGAACCCAUUGGCCUCUGGGUGUUGUUCCUUCAGGGAGAAUUGCAGUAAGUUAGCUAUUUCACGCACUUUCCCAAAUGUGGUUUUAUAGUCUCUGCCUGACCCUGGAAUACAUUGAACAGACCAUGUGCUCCUGAUCAGGGUCUAGCUGAAGGAAAGCCCUAGAAGAGGUCCGCUUCCACCUCGGACUAUAACCCCACCCGGCUUUUGGCAACUCGGUCCUGUCCUUGGUUUGGGUAUAUGGGUGUUAGGCGUUGUAUUCUUUCUCUUUUCUAUAUUUAGUGCUCUGUCUGCUGUCCCACUGUGUGGUCCAGUCCCCCUGUUGUAGUGUAUAUCUGUGCUGCAUGUGUGACCCUCAGUAACUCCCAUGUCAGCUUUCUGGAGUCUCCAUCAAGUUCUGCUGACCCUGCUGUGAACUCAUCUUUCUGGUAUGCUCCUUUGUGUCUCAUUUCUGAUUGCCAAAAUGUUGGGCCAAGUGCAUCUUCACUAAAAGUCCCGAGACGGCCAUGUGUAUCCUUGUGACAGGGCAUGCUCUGUGUGGGAUGGCUCGUGUGCAGCGUAGAUCUAUCACAUGUGGAAGUGUGUAUACAUUUAUAUGCCAGAUAACUAUCAUUCAUGUAACAGCUGCAAAGGUAUUUAAUGUACAUCAGAUUAAUAAAAGAGCAUUUUUUGCUCCAUUAUAUUCAAAUAAAGAUGGCCGUGUGACUGACA